CAACGGAAUUGUUCGUAAGCUAUUUACCUGGUGAUUUUCUGUUGAGGUUUAACGCGGUUUGUUCCAUCAGUAAAGUCUCUAACGCUCAAAGAGGUGUCAUUCGUCAGACAAGCCUGAGUUUUGAUCUUGAACAAUGCUUCUCGGCACUGGAGGCAAUAGAUCUCGCACAGUGCCGAGCGAAGAUCUUGAUGUGGGGACAAAAGUCCGCUUUGCUCCAGAAGUGGAUUACAGAUAUAAACCAAUUGAGAAGAGAGGUCCUAAAUACCGACGGAAAGAUGGUCGGGUCAGUUCUGUGCACGGCUUAUGUGAAGACAGUGAUGUUGAAUUACUCCGGCUUACUGCCACGAAGCGGGGACGAGGAGUGUCGGGGAUAUACACCAUGUCGGCAACAGCGGAGAAUGGUCAGCCCGAAGAUCCAGAGGAAGAUUGUCCCGCAAAGUGCCGGAAGUUUCUUCAAGCCAUCUAUAGUAUAUUUGCAUCAAACUUUGGUCUCCUUCUCUUAUUAAUCGCAUACACGUGCGCAGGCGCAGCUCUGUUUGCAACUCUAGAAUCACCCCAUGAACAAAGCCUUAAAGAGAAAAUCAAAGAAGAACGAGAGAAUAUUGUCCGAGUAUUGAUGAACUUAACCUUGGAGUUCGACUCACUGCAGGUCAACCAGACCAACUGGACGGAUGUUACCCGAGAAACCUUGGUUAAAUAUGAGAGUAUCAUUUACGAGGCGUACAAAGACGGCAUGAUCAGCCACUCCACUGAUAACAUAUGGAGUUUUUACGGCGCUCUAUUCUUCUGUGGUACGGUGUAUACAAGUAUUGGUUAUGGUAAUAUCGCGCCAUCGACUAACUGGGGCAGAGUAGCAUGUAUCAUCUAUGCAGCCAUAGGGAUACCCUUGGCCAUGAUCGUGUUGGCGGAUCUUGGUAGAAGGAUAACUAGAGGCUUGAAGUUCCUAUGGGCCUUUGUAAGAAGGUACUAUUACACCGGAUAUUGUCGUCGCGUCAAUUUCCCAUUGAAAGACUCGAGGUCACAAAGCUACGACAUCAAUACUGACCCGGAAGAAAACCGUGCUGUGGCUAACGGAACGGAAGUUCGUCCCGGUGUGAAUAUGUAUUAUGGCUAUGAGGUGGACGAUCAGUUCAAUCUGCCCAUCACGGUAGCAGUCCUCGUCAUCGUCAUAUAUCUCUUGUUUGGAGCAGGGAUGUACACUAUUUGGGAAGAGUGGAACUACUUAGAAGCCUUCUAUUUUGUCUUUAUAUCCCUCAGUACAAUCGGAUUUGGUGACGUACUCCCAGCGCAUCCAAAGUUCUUCCUGCUCUCCUCUGUUUAUAUUUUCAUUGGUCUCUCUCUCGUUUCCAUGGUGAUUAAUGUUGCAAUAGAGUUUUUCUCUCAGACAAUUGAUAGAGCUAAAGAGCACAUCGACCGAGCUAAGGUGAUGACAUUAGACAAGGCAAAGGAAAAACUGGAUCAAGCUAAGGGAAAAGUCGCUGAAAUAAAGAAUAAGCUAGAAUCGGACUCCAUCAGCAGCGCGUCCGAAAACGAAACCGGAUGUAAUGCGCAUGGGAAACGUAAGGGAAGCGCGCAGGACACAGUAAACGGAUCAGGAAAGAAACAAAAAGACGCGAACAAAGGCUUGACUCGCGUGGCACAGCUAAAGAAAUCGCCCGAACAGGGAAAUUCAUGGAACAGCUCAACGGGAAGUGUCUCUAUGUUAGAGGAUCUUACAUACGUUGACAGUUAAAGUUACAUGAGCUCACUGAAAUAGCAAAAUAAACUUUUAAACUUUUAUUCUAGAAUGAGAGACGAUGGUAAAGAAGUUUGGAUAGGGCAUCACAGAGGACACGAAUGAUUCUUUAUUGUGAAGAAAAUGGUUGUGCUUUGUAUAUACGACUGCAAUGUUUCCUAUAAAAGAUCUCUAUUAAUAAAUCUCUCCGACCGUACUCAAGAGUUUGACCGUAUAUACUGGUGUGGCUUCGGAGAAAAGAAGCACAGAUGAAUAAUUUCAGUGUCCGUCAGAACGUAUACGUGGACGCCAUAGGGGUUGUUCAGCAUAGGCCUACUGUAAACGUCACAUUUCCAGGGUUGCUGAAUUUUUUAGCCGUUCAUGUCAUCGUGAUUAAAAAUGAUUGCUGAUGACCUGAUCAGUUGAGAAUAGCAUGGAGCAUAUCCCAUUAAGUGAUAUUAGAGUGACUCACAUAGUGAGUACAUUGAGGCAGAAAAGUAACGUAUACAUGUAUAUGGACGACAGCAUCUAUGAGUGGGUCAACCCACCGGACAUUCAUUAUUAUCAUUAUUUUGAUAUGAAAAUGAGCAUUGAUACGUUCUUUGCCAGUUAUUUUUAUACGUUAUGUGUAUCACGACAUGGUUGUUAGCUUGUAUGUUUUGUUUAAUAAGCGUGUUAUAUAAGUGUACAUGUAUUAAUUGUCUUCUUUAGAAAUAUCGCUAUGAGACGACAAUAUACUGCCGAAGUCAAUGAAUUAGUGCUUAAUAAACAGGUUAUCUUUCGUGCUUUGAAUCUCAGAGCAUUCGGAAUAAAGUGGAUUGCCAUUAAUAGUUUUUGUUAAUAUCAGGUUUCGCAAGCGAUUGUUCCACUGCACUCUGACACAUGCACACACCACUAGAUUAAAGCUAAGAAUUUACAGAGUUGACUUUAUGUAUGUAUGUAGUCUAAGUUUGACAAAGUGAAGUGCUUUGAUAAAGGUUAGGGAAACAUAUUGUAUGCAUUUUCUAAUAAGCUAAGUGGCAAAAGUAUAACAGUAUCAGAGGCUAACACCUUUUAUUAGAUUAAACAUUAUUCAGCACUCAGUCCUUCAAGAUUUUAGCUUGUGUACAUUCAGUUUGUUUCAAGAAAUCUUUUUUUUCUAUGGAAGCACUGACACUGAUCAAAUUUUGCUUUAAAUAUCUCAUGUUAGAAAUUAUGUGUCUAAGAUUUUACCUUUCAAUGUAAAGCAAAAGGAGUAGGUGGUUGAAAGAUUGUGUUUUCACAAAAGCUGUGAUAGUUACGUGUACUUAAGGUACUUAACUACCAAAGAAACGUGAUGUAUUUGCUAGGAUACUUAUGUGCACUUAACAGCAAGGCCCACGAAGCGAUCUUAGACUUAUGUGGAUAUUUCAAUCAUUGAACUGCCAUUUUCCUUUUUGGUUAAUUUAGCUGAAAUUUGUUUUAUAAUAACUUACUCAGAAUUUACUUUGUCAAGCCAUAUUUUGACCUUGUUACGUAGGAAAUAGCAAUUUUAAAGUCAACUGAAGUUUUCAGUCCAAGAUCGCGGGGCCAGUGCAAAAAAAUCGUAUGUUCCUCAUACAUUGGUUCGAUCAGUUAAUUUUUAUGUGUUCAAAGAUCUGUCCUGCAAUCUGCUUAUAAUCCAAACAAAUCUGUCUCUGGGUAAUACGCUAUACACACAACAUAAUUCGUUUUGGAAGCACUGUUAUCUUUCCUAUGUGGGUGAAAUUUGUCUGAUUCAGCUGUCAAUCUUUACUGAAGAUCACGUAAUCAAAGUUAAGUCAUUAUGAAGUUGAGUAGUGUAAACUUUGCUUUACAUAAUAUAACACUGAUUUGUUAACCACAACUGACACAGACACCACUAAAACAUGCUGCAAGCAACGGGAGGGACCAGUCAGGGGAAAAGAUAAUAAUUCAUGUGUAGUGAACGCUGCAGCGUAGACCCACCAGUUUCUAGUGCAGGAAUCGAUUCUC